AUGGACAACGCAAGCAUUACAUCGGCAGAGGAACUUCCUCCGCAGCCCGGCCGUACUCUACUCCCUUCGCCAGUCGCUCAAGCUGUCAGUCUGGCAACACGUUCGACAUGCCUUGCCAUUCGUCUCAGUUCAAGGGCCGGUUCAUUUGGCCUCAGUGCAGCGAAACUGACAACUCUCUCCUCCCUGGAGCUCGCUCGCGGUAUGGUCGAAACUGUGCUGGGUCAAGCCGGAAGGGAAACACUAUCACGCUCCCAGAACGAUAUGUCAACCGCCGAGGCCGAAUCAAUCAUCGAGCGCAGUUUCGAGCAUCUUCAUAAUGCCAUGUCCCAGGCCGUCUUUUGGACAACUGCAGGCUUUCAAUUUACAAACACCACCUUCUCCAUGGCUUCCGGAAUGUCGCAAUUACUUCUGUCUUCCCUCGAUCAAAUCUUUGGCUCAACUGACUCUUCUCGGGCCAUUGCAAGCAUCAUAACCUUGAUCAAACGGGAAUUCCACGAUCCUGCGACUGGGCUUGAUGGGGAAACUAUAGGUAUGGUGGAUCUCGUUCUUGGACUAUGCGCUUUGGCAUACUUGCAGCGGUGGUCGUGGAAAAUGGUAGAAGAGGAAAGAAAACGACAGGAUUGUGAGGAGAUUGUGUGGGAUGUUGUUGUCUUGAACGAUGGCGAGCGGGUUGACAUACAAGAUCACAUUCCCCGAAGCCCAGUCUUCACUAAAACAGCCAGCUUGCCUUCCAGAGACAACAGUCUUGAUAAGUUCCAAGCAGCAACCACUAUCCCUUCACGCUCGGUAUCUUUCCAAGAUGAGGAAGAAAUCAUCGAUCGUCUGAAGGAUGAGAUGAUCAAUAAGCUCCCUCCCGAUACAUCCGUUUCCAUCUCCAACACAGUGUCUUCGAUACAAACUGUCACGAUUGACGUCGAUGGGCCUUGUCCAUUUCCUCUACCUUUACUACCAGGUGCAGAGAUCAUCGAAGCUAAAGGAUUAGACAACCAAGUCGGAAAGCGCUGUAGCCAACUCCUCGGGGAUCCACCAGAAGCCUCAAGCUACCGCGUUGUGUAUAAGCUUGAAAGAUCCAGGAGUGGUGGCAUGUCCUUUCCAGGAUCGCAGGAUGAUCCCAUGUCUGUCGUUGUCACAUCACAAGAUGGGUCGCCUCCUAUGGUCCCAGCCAAAGAACCUCCCCAAGCAUCCAAGAAGCAACGGACGCCUGUUGCCAAAUCGUCCCCACCACAAUGGUCAAGGCCUACCAGGAUUACUAACGACACGCCAACUCGAACCUCUCCGUCAACUACAAGCAAAUCCCGCAGUAACGGGACACGGGAUGAGAGAGUGAGACUACCGCGAUCAAAUUCAACCUCGCCGCCAUCCUCACCCACUGAACCCCAGACCCCUCAGCGUGAGGCAAAUCAGAAACGACCACGAGCGCCCGUUAACCCGUCAUACCCUCGUGGCAAAACCAGUGGCUCCCGAGAAGCCACUGCAACCCCGAAGAGAGUACUAUCAAAAAGGAAGUCGGACACCUCAACUACUGCUACUCAGCAGCCUAGUGACAAAAGAACCGGUCUGCGGCAAGCUCUCCGAGAAGGGAGUCAGUCGAUUUCUAACAUUUGGACCAAAGACUCACCACCAACAGAUAACAAAAAGAAACCACAGCAAAAAGUCCCAAAUACCGCCAAGCUCAGUAGCAAGACUGCCAAUAGUCCACGGGCUCAUUUAGAUCAACAGCGCAUCGAGAAAGCCGAGCUUAUCCCACGUAACUCCUCACGGACAAGCUAUGUCUCUGUUCAUGAGCGCCGGCGGGACUCCAUGGUAUCCCAGACAGACACAUAUUCUUUUCAGUCUGGAUGUGUCACCCCAAAUUAUCCGCCAAGUGUUUCCCUAAACGGCCCGACGUUCGAUUCAACUUGGGCUCAGCAUUCGCCAAAUGAUGGCCUGCUUGCACCUCCCCCAAUCUCUGUCAGCCAUCGCCGGAUCAUUCGCAAAAGUCCGAGUCUUUGGAGCAUGGCUUCAAACGACUCACAGUCGUCGGUAGUACUUUCAUACUAUCAUCAGAAGAGUGCUUAUACGGCGUCAGAUGCAAUGGGGGGCCUUAGACGGGACGGUAUGGUGAAUGGGAUAUUCCCUCAGGCACAUGUGCUUCGUAACAUCACAAGGUACAUGCGAUUCUCGUCCGCAUCAUAUGGGUCGGCGUUUCUUAAGUUCAUGGGCAUCUCUAAGGAGAUGCCGUUAUUAAGAGCAUGGGAUAGCACCCAUACUGAUGUUCGGCAUUUUGUCCAUCACACCGAGUCUGAUACACAUAGCGUUCUCUUGGCCUCUAUUGUUGAUCCACAAGGUGGGACAGACUCUAGCGGUUCGACGGGAACGGGCGUGCCCUUGGUACAUUACAUUUCUCUGGACCAUGACGCCAAGGCAGUCGUCCUAGCUUGUCGAGGUACUUUGGGGUUCGAGGAUGUUCUCGCUGAUAUGACUUGUGACUACGACGUCUUGACUUGGCGCGGCCGAGGUCACAAGGUGCACAAAGGCGUCCAUGCUUCAGCUCGCCGCCUCUUAUAUGGGGGUGAUCGGCGUGUGCUUCUGACACUUCGUGAGGCGCUAUUGGAGUUCCCAGACUAUGGGCUUGUGCUAUGCGGCCAUUCUCUCGGGGGUGCAGUAACAGCCCUACUAGGAGUCAUGCUUUCCGAGCCGAACCCAACCGGUACCGGUUUUGUGACGGCCAUCCAUGCACCUGAAAGAACAGUCGGCAAUGAUCAGCUCGAUGGGCUACUUCCUAUUCACUCCACACUACCCCCAAGGCGUCCCAUCCAUGUCUAUGCAUACGGGCCUCCCAGUACGAUGUCAACAUCUCUUCGCAAGCGAACUCGUGGCCUUAUCACUACCAUAGUUCACGGAAACGAUAUUGUCCCAUAUCUCUCCCUGGGGGUUCUUCACGACUUUCAGGCAGUUGCACUCGCUUUCAAAAACGACCAGCAACAGGCCAAAACGGAGAUUCGUCAAAGAAUAUGGCAAGCCUUCCAGACUGGGGUGGCAGAUAAAUGGUAUGGAGGCCUGCCCUCAGUACCGUCUGGAGAUGCAUCCAAAUGGGGGCAUUCGGUCCUUCAAGGUCUGAGAGCUGGUAUGACGAACCGGAAACUCGUGCCACCUGGAGAAGUGUUUACCAUAGAGACUCAGAGAGUCUUGAGGCGCGAUGCAUUCUUAUUGCCUGAAGAAGACCACAUCGGCAGGCCAGCGCAAAGAAUCGUGUUGAAAUACGUAAAGGAUGUCGAGGAGCGUUUUAAAGAGUUGAGAUUUGGGACGAGCAUGUUGAUAGACCAUAACCCGGCGAGAUAUGAGGAAGCAUUGAACAAGCUUCGUCUUGGUGUUGUUUGA